AUGUCAAAGAAUUUUAGUGAAGAAGAAAUUGACAAUUUUCGUCAAUGUUUUCAAUUAUUUGCUCCACAAGGUUAUGUAGAUACACCUGAUAAAUUAUGUUUUAUUAUGCGAUCAUUGAGUAUGGCACCAACAAUUACAGAACUUAAACGAUACUUUGAUAAAUAUAAAAAAGAUGCUGAUGUUGUUGAAUUUGACGAUUUUCUUAAAAUUGUUUUGGAACAUCGAUCAACAGAAAAUUGUUCAAAUGAAAUAAUGGCUGCUCUUCAACUCUAUGAUACACAACGACAUGGUUAUAUUGAUGCUAAACAAUUAAGAUAUAUUUUAACUCAUACAGGAGAAAAAUUAACAGAUAGGGAUGUCGAUCUUAUUUUACGUGAAUUAAAUAUUGCUUCUGAUGGUCGUGUUUUUUAUAAUAAUCUUAUUCAUAUGCUGGCUCAACCAUUAGCUGAACAUCGUUAG